AUGGACGUGUGGUUCGUGACGACGCAGUACCCAAAGUAUGGCGCCCAUCCUCCGUACGAGACCGUCUCCCACGCUGCUGUGUCAAGCCGUGCGCGUCCCUAUACAAUGCGCGUGCCGUCCGUGUACUUCGCGUGGGACGCGAAGCUCGGGGUCAUAGCGCUGCGUCGUCGGGAGCGGCAGUUGGCCGUCAUUCGCUGCGGCUUUGUCUUGGCCGGCGUCUACUUUCGCAUGGACGCGGCGGCGGAGCUCCAGCUGCCCGUGGCGCUCAAGAUCAUGGACCGUGCGCAAGUGUUACUUCAGCACGACAGUGUCGAACGCGAGAUCCGCGUCAUGAGGCAGCUGCAAAUGGGCGGAAUCGACGCGCCGUUGGCCAAUCAGCACAUGGUCCGCUGGGAUUACGCCAGCGACAUGUACAACCAGUACGUGGCUACAGAGUAUGUGGCCAAUGGAAGCUUGCAAGCCUAUGCCCAUCGCCGGGUCCACCAUCUCAUGCUCCGACACUUGCAGGAAUUCGCCCAGACAUACGGAGCAGCUCCGACGAAAUCAGAGUGUAUCUCUUAUGUAUAUCGAAGCGCGGGCCGCGAGUGGAUGAACGAAGGAGUGGAGCUCUUCAAGGGAAUCGUGCGAGCGUUGACGUAUUUACAUGCACAGCAUGUGGCGCAUUUGGAUUUGGAUGUGUACAAUAUCGUAGUCGAUCGACGAGCGUGUGCGAGGAUUAUUGACUUGGGCAGUGCGCUGAUAAUGGACACCAGAUCCAGAGUGGCGGCGGGAAAUGUGACUGUCAAGUGCAAGCCGUUGUUUGUGUCGCCAGAAGUGAGAGCACAUCAGAGGAUGGCGCCACCAAGACCAGGGUUCGAUGGCGCUGCCGCAGAUAUGUGGGCUGCGGGUGUUGUUCUCGUGCAGUGCGUUAUGUGGGGGUUUCGAGGUGGACCGACGUACCUCGUGUCGAACUCAGAUUGGCGGUCGGAGAUCUUUUGUCAUGUUGAUGCGACUUGUAGCCCCAAGACGUGCCAUUUGUGUGUGAAUUUCAUCUCCAUCCCACCCCUUAUCGGUGCCAUCAUCAAGCAGCUGCUCCAUGUGGAUCCGGUGAGGGCUUGUAGCCGCAUUGUGGAGACGUGUUGGCGUAUUACGGAAAAAAAUAAGCCUGACCAGGCCAAGUUGCCGCUCCAUACUACGCAGUGCCACUGA